AUGCAUGCUGUUAUUGAUGAAGAUGUGUGGUAUUUUAGGCUUCCUGUUUCUAACAGAGUUCUUACAAAGAAUUUCUUAAUUCGUCAAUUUCGUUGUCCUGCUGAGGAGACUGUUGCUUCAAAGAUUGCUAUUGAGAUGAUCUUAAGAUGUUCACAUUUGGAUAACAAGGACAUUUUCUCAAAAUCUACUGAAGUUAUUAACAACAAUUUGAAUCCAAAAUGGAAACCAGUCACCCUUAGUUCCCGUCAGUUUGGAAGUAAAGAAAAUCCAUUACUCAUUGAGUGUUUUGAUUUCAAUAGCAGUGGUGACCAUGUGCUUAUUGGUAAACUGAGAUCAUCAAUAGCAGACCUAGAAAGGCUUAACAAAGAGAGAACAGGCACAAAUUUGUUCAUACCAUCCACACACCACAGAAAAGAAGAGAAGAUGCUGAAGGGUCAACUUUUUGUGGAUCAAUAUUGUGAAAGGGAGCAAUUCAGCUUUAUUGAUUAUGUAUCCAGUGGAUUUGAACUGAACUUCAUGGUUGCUGUGGAUUUCACUGCUUCAAAUGGAAAUCCUCGAUAUUCAGAUUCUUUGCAUUAUAUUGAUGUCUCGGGUCAGUUAAAUUCAUAUCAAAGGGCUAUAAUGGAGGUUGGGGAGGUUAUUCAGUUCUAUGACUCUGAUAGGAAGUUUCCUGCUUGGGGAUUUGGAGGAAGCACAGCUGGUGCCGUUUCCCACUGUUUUAAUCUGAAUGGUAGUCCGAGAGACUCCGAGGUUGUAGGAGUUGAAGGCAUAAUGGAAGCAUAUGCAACUGCUCUGCACAAUGUCACUCUCAGGACCCACUUUAUUUGGUCCAGUUAUCAACACUGCUGCAGAAAUGGCUGCCAAGUCCCUUGCAUCACAUAAUGGAUCCAAGAUAACAAUGAAGAUUAAGCAAUGAAGAUUAAGCUGACUAUUAUUGUGGUUUAUUGGCUAAGAUAGAGUGCUAUUUAGGAUCUUUACAUGUAUGGUUGACUAAUGAUUUUUAUUAGAAGAUACCUUUAUUGGCCAAGUGAUAUUAUGGUUUUGAUAUGGCUAUGCUUACU